AUGGAUCAGGACAAGCUGCGGAAACGCAUGUCACAAAUUGAGCUGGAAAUCGACGAAAUGAACCACGUUAUCGAUGAGAAUUUGCAAUUGAAUGAAAAGGUCCCUGAGGAUGUGGAGGAGCGCGCAAUCGACAGCGAAGGUUUUGUAGAUAGAAAAAAUGCACGGGGUGUGCUUUCGGUUGAAAAAACGGGGGAUUUAGCGCCAAAACCCAAUGGGCAAGAAACGAAAGGGCAAGCAGAGAUUACCCCAGCCGAAGAUGGCAUACAAGCAAAAACAAAGGCGUCGGAGAAGCCCAAACCGCUCGAAAACAACAAACCGCAAGUUGCAGAAACUUUGGGUGAGCCUUUAUUGACGAGUUCCAAGCUCGAUGAUCUUGAGCCACAAGAUGAUAUUAAGCCACUGGAUGAUCUGAGGACACUAGAUGAGACCAUAUCGACUGUCACGGGUGCUGAUCACAGUCUCAACAGCCCAUCGGCCAUAACAAACGAGCUAAGUUCGAAAUCGGUCGAGGAAUCCGACAAAGACUCGUCUUAUUCAUCCAAACUGGCACCUUUGCGUGAAAAAAGCUCGCAGUCGGAAACUACUCCGAACUCCGAAAUUCUCACUGCGAAAAUCCAGUCGGUGAAGAAGAACUCCCAAGUGGAGAAUAGCGAGGAUGGUAAUCUCUCUGACACGUCCGAUCCUGCACCACAAACCUUGCCCAAGAUCAGAAACGUUGCUACUCCUGUCAUGUCCUCUGCUCGCCAAACUUCCAAUCCCAGCCCAUUCAGAGUCGUCUCGGUUAGCGGCAAGCAUUCUGAUAACUCGCAGGCUCAGAAACUCCAGUCGAGACACGAUUAUCUCACAUGCAAAUGCACGAAGCUGCAACGCGAAAUUCAAUACCUUUCGGACCUGCGCGAUCGCGGUGCCGUUGCACCAGAAGAUACCCGCAAGAUCAACGGUGCCCUGGUUCAACUACAAGAGUACCUCGAUCGUAAGACCAAAGAGCGUUACGAAAUAGGCGUACUGCUCAGCAGACAAUUGAGAAGAGAAAUUGACCGGGGCGAAAACGGCCAAUUUUGGGUUGGAAACUGA